AUGGAGGAGGAACCAUCGCAAAGAAAUUUUGUAAAUCCCAUUUUUCCUAUUUCAAACCGGUCGUCGACACCAGCGGUGUCUGAUCUGUGCACUGAAGUGGAAGAGAAAGUGGUGGAGGCAGCAGAGAUUAGGGUGGAGUGUGGUGGAGGAGGAGGGGGAGGAGAGCAUGAGAGGGAUCCCCACCAGAGACGAAUCUACAGAGGGACCUGGAAGGUCCCAGAACCCUCGGCGAUCCCAAAAUGCUGCUUGAAAAUUUUUAGAGGACCAAUCGUACUCGAAUAUGAGGUCUAUGCAGACAGAGCUGCAGAAAUAAGAAAUAUGGAAAGAUUUUUCAAGCCAAAGGCAAUAGCACCAUCUACUUGUUCGAGUAUUUCGAGUUCAAGACAAAAUGAGUGUGACAUUGAUUUUAAUAAUCUUGAGAGAGACCCGGGAAAAAGAAUUCGAAUGAAGGAUUAUCCUUCUAAUAUUCAAGAUGAGAUCCGAAGAGCAUAUUUGCAAAUGGGACCUUGUAGGCCUACAAAGUAUGAGUUCCCAUACACUUUGCAUGCAAAGAAAAAGCGACUAUUUGUUGUUUCGUGGUUUGAAGAAUAUGAUUGGUUGGAGUGUGGUAUAUCUAAAGAUGCGGCAUUUUGUCUUCAUUGCUAUCUCUUUAAAAUCAACUUUUCACAAUUAGGAAGCGAUGCCUUCACUGGGGUAGGCUUUAAGAAAUGGAAGAAUGCAAGAAAAUGUUUUGACAAACUUGUUGGUCCUAUUGGUAAUUUCCACAAUAAAGCUAGAGAAGCAGCUAGUUAUCAAAUGAACCAAAAGGCACAUAUUGAAGCAGUUGUGAUCAAGCAGUCAGAAGAAGAGUGUAUGAAAUAUCAUCUUUGCUUGAAUCCAUCAAUAGAUUGCACUAAGUUCUUGUUGCGACAAGGCCUUCCUUUUCGUGGCCACGAUAAAAGUGACACUUCAAAUAAUAGGGGGAAUUAUUUAGAGCUCUUGCAAUUCCUUGUGGAUCAUGAUGAGAAAAUAAAGGAAGUUGUGUUGAAAAAUGCUCCGAGAAAUCUCAAGCUAAUAGCUCCUUCAAUUCAAAAAGAUAUUGUCAACUCAUGUGCCUUCGAAACUAUUAAGGCUAUUAUGAAAGAAGGGAAAGAGAGUAAAUUCUUUUCUAUAAUGGUAGAUGAAUCACGUGAUAUUUCAACAAAGGAGCAAAUGGCGGUGAUUUUGCGUUAUGUGGACAACAAAGGUCAAGUAAUUGAAAGGUUCGUAGGAGUCCAACAUGUUACUGAAACAACUUUAAGUAAACUAAAGGAGUCCAUUGAUGAGUUCUUGAAACUACAUGAUUUGAGCUACUCCAACCUACGAGGUCAAGGUAAUGAUGGGGCAAGGAAUAUGAGAGCUCUUGUUACCGUAGCAAAGAAAAAGUCAUGCAAGCGUUGUGAUGCACUUAGAGAGAAACAACAAGAAAAUCUCAUUAAAGCUAUUGAAAAUGAUUGUCCUGAAACGGGGCAAGGGUUAAAUCAAGAAACUAGUCUCAAACGUGAUGAGGAUACACGGUAG